AGGCAAAAAGUGCUCACUAGUUGUGCUUUUAGCAAAACCCUUGAACAAGAAAGAAAGAGAUUUCCUACUUGGCAGCAGCUCGCUGUACCUCUCUGAAAACAAUCUUCGGAACGAAACUUCAAAUAGGAGGUGCAGGAGAAGGUUAACUGCCUGCUUGGUUGUACUCGCGAGAAAUUUGAUAUUUUCUUAUCACGACUUCACGUCCCUUGGGAGAAGGAGCUUAUUUUUCCACCUCUCUCCCUCCACAGCAAUAAAAAACUCGAAAAUGUCGCGACCCCCGGCAAAGCUGGGUGGGUCCGCUCCGCCGCCGGGUAUGGGGUUUCCCGACCCGCACACGACCAAAAACAACCGUCCGGCGCCGAAGAUCGAGGAAGCGCUCGCGAAAUCCACUGGCGCGGCGAAUGGUUUUGAUGCGCAGUUGGAUCUUGCCAUGCGUCAGAACACCCCGGACUCGCUUUCCUUCGCAUGGCGUUUGGUGCACUGGAUGCUGUCCCGCAAUCUGCCCCCGACCGGCCUGAUUUUGAGUUUGCUUCUGAAGAAGACCGCGGGCUGUAACUGGGUGGAGCUUUUGUACGACGCCACGACUUUGCUGCGGACCAAAUACCUUCCCCUCCGCCCGGCGGACCUGGAUGAGGUGGUUUUGAAUGCCAUCUUGGACGCCUACUCGCGGCUGAGCCAGCGCAUGACCAGUCCCGGCGACGGGGAGACGGCGCUGGGCCACAUGGAGUUGCUUUUCCAGGACAUGAAGGAAGGGAAAUUCGGCGUUUUGCCCGGAGUAGUGUCCUACGGAAUCGUGAUCAAGGCCUUGGGCGCGACCAAGCAGCUGGAGCGGGUGCUGGCUUUGUGGGACGAGCUCCGCUCCGAGCGCCAGUUGCAGCCCAGCGUGGUAAAAAACAGAAUUUUCAUUGCAGCUUUAUUUGCUUGAGGAAGAAGGUGAUUCAUUCUCCCAGUCUCCUCGUGUGUCACAUUCUAUUAGAACGCGUGCAGGAAAAGAAAAAUGGCACUGUCUAAAUCUGCACCAGUCCGAACAAAAUGAAAUCUCCCCACCCCAUUAGGUGACCUACGGUUGUGUUUUGGAUGCGUUAGCGAAAGCUGCGACGCCGCAGUCGAUGCGGAUUGCCGAGCAGAUUUUUGACGAGAUGAGCGUUGCGCAAAAGAACACGGAGAGUAUGUCGAAGAACUGCGUGCUGUACUCCACGAUGAUCAAGGGCUUUGCGCGGCUCUCGGACUUGGAAAAGUGCAAGCAACUGUACGAGAAAAUGGUGAAGCGCGACCACAUUACGCCGAACGUGGUGUGCAUGAACCUGUUGCUCCAGGUCGCUGUCGCGCACCGGAACUUGCAGUUGGCUGAGCACUACUUCUCCGCGAUGCGCAACUUCGGUUUCUACCCGGAUUUUUCCUCCUACCUCACGUUGCUCCGCGGCUACUUGUUUUGCGGUUCCGCAUCUGGAGGUUCCACAUCGUUCAUCGCAGGAGCUGCAACCUCCAACGACGUCCUCCCGUCGAGCGACCGCGAGGUGGUCCGGGCGUUGGAGCUUUUGAAGGACGGCCUGCAGUUCGCGAAGCUGUCCGUCGAGGCGGGGGUGCUGCUGAAGUUGAUCAAACUGCUCCUGGACUGCAAACGGACGGAUGAGGUGCGGGACGUUUUGAAGCUGUGGGCGCAGGGAAACGUCUGCAAGGUGUCCGUCCCGCCCGCGGCGGGAAAGUUGAUUUUCACCCACGUCUUGACGAAUGCCGCGCCCCUCGUUGCGUGCACCGUCCGCUCGACUUUGAAGUCGCUGCAGAUCCUGUCCGAGGUUCAGCUCGCGGACGUGGAGCGCAGUUUUUACAAAACCCCCGACCCGGAAAUGUGGACGGCGUUGCUGGCGGAGCACGGCGCGGCGGAGUUGCAGGUUUACGACUUGGUGUCGCCGAUGACGUGCACCUCCGCAGCGGCGUUUAGUUGCACAGCCACCCCUAUGAGUUGCCUGACGCAGACGUCUGCCGCUGGCAAGGGCGGCGGGGGGCGCAAGAAGGGCGGCAAGCGCGAGUUCUUCCCCAACGCCGGGGCGCCGUUACGGUUCGGAAGUGUGAUCGGUCGCGAGCCGCCUUCGGUGGCGCCACCGUUUGAUGGUGAUGUGACUUCCAAAUCCUGCUCCGAGGUCUCGGCGUACUACGCCUCUUCAAAAGGCGGUAAGCGGGGUAAGUCGUCGAAGGGGAAGAAGGGAAAAAGCUGUCUGCCGGUCCUGUCGAAGGAAGAAGCAAUUCGCUUGAUGACGGUUUUCCCCGGUGGAACAAGUUCAGGUCAACAUCGGUUGGGCGCUGGUCCUUCUGCUGCGGAGGGAUGCUCAGAAGUAGACGGUUUCCAUUUCUCGGACUCCGCCUGCUCCACGUCCCGGACGGCGAGCGCCGGCAACUUUUGCCUGUCCCACACGGUGUCCCUGACAGACGAGUUGCGCGACGCGACUGCUGGAGAAUCGAUGGUCCCCCCGAAGAUUGCCUUGCCCCCGCCCGAGCUGCCGCCGGUGAUGGGCCAUCUUCAGGCAAAAACAACGAUUAAGAAUACCCACUGCAACAUCAGGGUCGACAAGGGAAACAACGGAUUUGUCGACACGUCGGCGAAAAAUGACAACACCGCAGACAUUUGUGUCGCUGGGGACAGUGGGUUCCACGCCGACGGCGGAAAUAAUUCCUACCGUGGUCGAAGCCGCAGCAACUCGAUGGAGGGAGACCUGUUUUUCAGCACGUCGCUUGUCGGGGAAAACGAGUCGUUUCACGAGGCCGAGGACGAGGAGAUUCCGUUCGCCGAGUGCGAGACCGAAGAGCUCCAGGGGUUGUACCAGGUGCCCUACGGUGGGGAUUUGCUCGACGAGCUGUACUCUCCGACGGAAGUUGUCACUUCGGCGACGAACAAGGGCGCGGCGACGUUCUUGCCGGCGACCUCGAAUGACGGUAGUGCGAACGAAGAUCUUGGCAAUAUUGCCGAAGAAGCCGGUGCGGGUUGCGGCACCACCACGGUUCGGAGGAUACGGGAAGAUGAAGAACAUGAUGUCUCCGCGGGUCGCCCCACGGCCAGUUUCUCCGUGGCAACCGGGCUCUUGCCGUCCCCGUUAGAUCCGCCUUCGGAUUACCGUGGCUUUUACAAUGGUGGCCUCAAGAACGAAAACAGAGGCGUCCCCCGUCCGCGGCCGACCCCGCUCGCGUUGGAAUUUUCCGAGGAGAAGGUGCCGAAAACCGCUGAAAAAGAGCACAAUAAAUCUGCGGCCGAGGAGACUGAAACGCCGGAGAAAUUUUGGCAGCAGGUCCGCGCAGAACAGCUGCAGCUGGAGAAGCAGAAUGCCGGCGAUUCGGGUUCGACGGUUCUUCAGCAGAAAGAGAACAAGACCUUGGCCGGCAACAACGAGUCCAAGUCGACUGUCGCUGUCGCCGAGGAAACUGUGCCAGGCACGCCACCGCCGAGUAACAGCUCGGAGCGGAGGAGGAGCCAGGACAGUUUGAAUGCCAAUGCGGUUCCGUUCGUGCCCCAGCACUCGCCAUUGCGAGUUCCGGUGCCCAAGCGCCCGACGAAGGUACUUAAGUACCUAGUUGUCCUCUUCACAUGAUGUGAUCUUCUUGAUGUGAUUUGUCGAGAGACUGAUAAAGUUCUUGGUCGCUGCGAUUGGUGGAAUUGCAACCACGUCGAUAGUACUUUUUGGUUGUAGUGCAGCAUGGUUUUACGACAACAACAUUUCCAUUUGUCUUGACACUAACACAGGUUUCUCCGCCCCCGCCGCCGCCACCACCGCCGCCGGCUUCGGUGGCGCAGCAGCAGGCAGCGGCGGUCGCGGCGUUGCUCACGUCCCCGCAAUUGCUGGCGCAGGCGGCGCAGCACCACGCUCACAUGA